GCACACGAAGCGUCGAUUAUCGAAGUCGAAGUGUUCAUUUCCGUAAGUGAAAUGAAAACACGUGCUGUUUUGAAAACAUAAAAUAAUUUUAUUAUAAUGUUUGUGUAUUUAUAUUUAAUUAUUUGACUAGUGACACUGAGUGCGAAGUGAUUUAGUUCUUUACAAUGAGUAAGCUUUACGCGCUCUUCGAGCACUCUGCAGGCUUCGCCUUAUUUCGCGUUGCGGAGUUUGAGGAACUAGCUGCGUUUAUUCCUCAAGUUGAGGAGUCUGUGACAGACAUACAGAGGUUCAACUCUGUAGUCUCACUCAUCGCUUUCCAGCCCUUCAAGUCUGCUAUUCUUGCUCUGGAGAAUAUUAACGCUGUUUCUGAAGGUAUCUUACCAGAUGACCUUAAUCUCUUCCUUGAGGGAGCUCUACCUAAGAGGAAGAAAAGAGCAAAAUGUACCCUUGGUGUGGCCGACCCUAAGCUUGGAGCAGCUAUCACAGAAGCCCUGGAAAUGCCUUGCUCCCAUACUGGUGUUGUCCCUGAAAUACUGAGAGGGAUCCGGCACCAUUUCCAUUCAUUGAUAAAAGGACUGACACUUAAGGCAUGCAGUGUAGCACAGCUUGGUCUAGGCCACUCAUACUCCAGAGCUCGGGUAAAGUUCAAUGUGCACAGAGUUGAUAACAUGAUCAUACAGUCAAUAGCCCUAUUAGACCAGUUGGACAAAGAUGUCAAUACAUUCUGUAUGCGGAUCCGUGAAUGGUAUUCAUACCAUUUCCCAGAGCUUGUUAGUAUUGUGCCAGAGAAUCAUCUGUACACAAAGUGUGCUGAAUACAUCAAGGACAGGAAGAGUUUGUCUGAGGAAUCUGUGGAACCACUAACGGAGAUUCUUGGAGACUCGGAGAGGGCUCAAGCAAUUAUUGAUGCAUCUAAGAUGUCAAUGGGAAUGGACAUAUCACCCGUUGAUUUGAUAAACAUAGAGAUGUUUGCCAAGAGGGUUGUUUCAUUGAGUAAUUACAGGAAACAAAUAUCAGAGUACUUGCAUACAAAGAUGCAGUCGGUUGCACCGAACCUGACAACAUUGAUUGGUGACCAAGUCGGAGCCAGGCUUAUUUCCAAGGCAGGUUCCCUUACCAGCCUCGCCAAGUAUCCUGCCUCUACACUACAGAUAUUGGGCGCUGAGAAAGCUCUGUUCCGAGCGCUGAAGACAAGGUCUAACACACCCAAGUAUGGGCUGCUGUAUCAUUCAACAUUCAUUGGCCGAGCUGGUAUGAAGAACAAGGGCAGAAUCAGUCGCUACCUCGCCAACAAGUGCUCUAUUGCAUCCAGGAUUGAUUGCUUCUCAGAAAAUCAAACCACCGUGUUCGGAGAGAAACUUCGGCAGCAGGUUGAAGAUCGUUUGAAGUUCUAUGAGACUGGAGAUAUUCCGAUGAAGAACAUUGAUGUAAUGAAGCAGGCGAUGGAGGAGAUAGAACAGACCCAGGAGAGUGAGGCGAGCGCCAAGAAGAAGAAGAAAAAGAAGAACAAGAAGCAGGAGGUCGAAGCUAUGGAGGAAUAAAUGAUAAAGUUUUAA